CGCCGCUUCCUGCGCUCGCACCGGCCUCUUCCAUGAGAGAGAAUCGUGCUCGUGCGAGUUCGUUGGCCGACCGUCACCCGCGCGCACCCGUUUUCGCGAUCGCUCUCGUGCUCGCUGUUCUUUAAAAGCUGAGCGUGAAUUCUGGAAACCGGAUCGGAAAAGGAUACCUGGACCCGACCAGCCGCUAACGUCGAUUCGAUUCCGCUUCAUCAAUCGAAAAGGAGAAAACCUGCAGUGCACUGGCAGUUCGAGAAAUCGACUCGCGUCACCCGGCCAGCCAGCCGGCAGGUGCUAACUCGCGCGUGACUCCGGUGUUAGCUUUGAGUCACAGUCGCACGACUGCUCACAUUGGCCGGACGUGCUCGCCAAACUGACAAAAGUCAAUGAAAAAUAGCACUGUGUGUAGAAAAUUUCCAAGAUUUUUGACGUUUCUUCUGCAGAGCAGUUUUAAAAUCUGGAUACCGGAAGAUAUCCUGAGAAUUUUUUCAAAAUGGAACAUUUUGGAUUAGAAGAUAAUCAUUGUUAAACCAGUUACAAGAGAUCCAGGAGAUUCUGAAAAUAUUUCUAAAGUAUGACUAGUGUGAUCAGAAGUGGCCGAUUAAAGAUUUAACAAAAUUCUAGAUAUUCCUUAAGAGAUAAAAAAAUCAACAUACAUAAAUGUGAGAAAAAUCAGUUUUUGAAAUUUAAAUCUUAAAUACAUUAAUAAAUCUAAAAAUUUAUUUGAGAUUCAAGGAGGAGAUUAAGAGUAGCUAUAACAGCUUAAAAAUUCCCGACAACUAUUUCUGAAAAAAUCUGGAUCUAGAGGAUUUAUCUGCGAGAAAGAUCAGCAAUUUGAAAGAUCGAUGUGAAGCGGAAGUACCGUUGUCUCUCCGAUCGUUCUGGGGAUUCGUAGAUGAACGGCCUUGACGGCACGAGCCUCGGCGAGUCUCGGUCUGAUCCGAACUAGGACACCGGAGCGUGUGUUCCGAUAAAUGUAUGGAAAUCUUCUUCUUCUUCUUCUUCUUCUUCUUCUCCUGGAGUAAAUUUCCUUGAGCAACAAACGGACGAUCUGAGACUUUUGGUUUCCGGCAUUAUACAUAGCAGCGGUGAAAUCCGGUUUUGCAUGGGUGUAUACCAGGAAACCGGCAAGCCUCCUCCACCUAAUGUCAUCCCGAAGAUGGCCAGGGAUCGAGCCGGGUCGGACCAUUCAGGUCACAUGAGCGACACCACCACGUGCAGUUGUGUCACGAGCUCCAUCGAAAAGUGCUCGCUGCGAGGCUGCAGGAUGUUCCAAGAACCGUUCUUCCUGCAUCCGCCGGGUUCACGGCCGCGGGACGGCAUCUACAUAAAUCCCAUGAGCGCGUAUAUCGGCGAGCCGCCCAGACCCAAGGACACGGGUGAGUCUUUCUAUCUUCACAGCCCGCACGAUCUCGUCUACACCAGGAUUACGCGGUUGUUCGGCGACGCCGAGAAGUCGCGAAACGGCGUCGCGGCGGAUCAACGUCAUGCGGCGGAGAGGAAAGACGAUACUCUGACUGUGAAAGUGGACGUGCACAUCAACAACGGAUUCGUUGGCAGGCCGCAUCCCAGUAACGGACACGCGGCCCGUUCCGACCUCGCAAGAGAACCCUCGGAACAUGCUUACGAGCAGAUCUGCGUGAGACAGGAGGAAACGGGUAGCGUGAGCUCAUCAUCGCGCAAAAAGCCGGCGGACAAUGCCUCCGACAGCAGUCGUUCCCGAAAAACCGACAGGCGAUAUAGUCGAUCCAGCAGCGCCAGCGAAUCCUCUAACAUAAGCAGCGAGAUCCACGGCCUGUCCUCGACGACGUCCACCCCGUCUUUGUCGCGACACAGCAGCAACGAGCGAAUCGGCAAGCCGGGAAUGAAAACAAAUGCGGAAGCGUCUCAUGAGAGGAAGGACUUAUCCAGCGUGCAAGUGGAAAGUGAAAAGGAGAUACGUGUGAGUGGCAACGGCGGACCUAGUCUCUCAAAACCACCGCCACCGCCACCGCUACCGCCACCGGAUGAUGACGUGGUGGUCGUUCUAGUAAACGCCAAACCGAAUAUAGAUAUAAACGCCGACAAAAAAGAUGCGCGGGGAAGCAGCCAGGAUGGAAGGAGCGAGUCCUCCGCGACCAACAAGUCCGACGUAUCAUCCUGUGGCGAGCAUCAGCAGCAGCCGGAAGUGCCGCCUCCCGUCAGUGCGCCGGUGGAUGCGGACGAAAUUAAAGCGAGCCAGGCAUCCCACCUGGUAAACAGGCACAUGGUAUUGCCGUUCAUACCGCCCAAGUUCGCCAACGCGGACUCCAACACCUUGCUGAAACCGUCCGAAUACCUCAAGAGUAUCUGCAAGACGACGUCUAAGAACAGUCUGUCAAAGGCGAGGUCAGUGGACAACUUGGACAUUCAGAGCCGGAAUACGGAGUCACGUGAGGAGGAGGAGGAGGAGGAGGCGGACGAGGAAGAAGGAACGCGAAGGAGCAGCGAGGAGGUCAAGGGGUCUCCUUCGGGUCCCCCGCCACCACCGUUGUCUCCUUUGCAACAGAGAGCACGAGGUGCGAAUCAAGGCCCGAAUUCCGCCAGUGUCGGCAACGAGACCGAAAGCUCCAGGAAUCCGCAACCCUUAGCCACGAUCAGCAUUCAGGACCUCACGAGUAUCCAGCUGCGACGGACAAAUACGAAGAUGAACGCUACCAAGACAUUCUCCGCGCCGCCACCGCGCAGCGUAUCUAUGACUAACGUUUCGGAACCAUUCUUUGUGCAAAAAACGGAUUUGAUCGCCGAAUUGAAGCGCACCAAGGACAUACCAGGUAUCAAAAAACUAAAGGUGGAAAGAGCACAAGUCGAGAAGACUCAGGAGCAGAAUCUCAUGUCGGAAAUCAGCAAAGCAUUUAGCGUUACAAAGUUCGUUGAUCAAAUUCCAGAGAAGGACAGUUCUGGAAAUAUGAUACCAAUCUGGAAACGGCAAAUGCUAGCCCGAAAAGCCGCCGAACGAGCGAAGAAGGAACUCGAGGAGCAAAUAGCGCGAGAGAACGAAGAGAGGCGGCAGAAAGCCAUUCCGCCAUGGAAGCGACAGCUUCUCGCCAAGAAGGAUAACGAGGAAAAGAGACUGACCCAGACACAGCUGUCCGCAUCGACAUCAAAGCUGGAAGUAACUACGACGAACCCGAAAAGGGACCCUUCACCGGUGCCAAUAUCAUGCAUCACUAAGAAGGAAGACAAAUCCGAGGUCGACGAGAAACGAGACGAUCCCGUCAAGGACGAUUCCGACGAUGGUCAAAUUAUACCUUGGCGGGCUCAAUUAAGGAAGACUAAUAGCAAGCUUAAUAUCCUUGAUUAAUCAUCGAACAUUACAAACGCUUCUUUUGUUUUUUUUUUUUCUCAAAAAAAUUCGCGUGAUGUAAGUAUCCCGUUAAAAAUAUUUGUUAAUUGACUAAAUGCGCAUGUCUCGCAUUUUAUGAAUCUGUCUGAAGAUAAGGGAACUUGAGCAACAUGUGAAAAAAUUAAAUACGAAAGAGAGAGAUAUAUUUUUUGCUAGUUGAGAUAUAUAAACGAACAUAUAAGAUGGUUCACGGAAUUACACAAAAUAAGAAGUGUGUUUGAUAUUCUCUGCAAGACUAGCACGUACUGAUAUAAAUAAUUUAAAAAGGAAUUAAAUGGAUAUUUUUAUAUACUCAAUGUGUUUUUAUUAGUAUUGUUGCAAGGUCUUCACAAAUAUUCUCAUAACUAAUAUUAUAAUUUUAAAUAUAUAUCUUUUUUUACGGAAAUUGCAGAAGCAUAGUGGAAUUUAAUAUAUUUUUCAAGGUUGUAAAAGAGAGAGAUUAAGAGAAAGAAUCUCUCGCAAGAUAACUCGCCCAUUUCCCAAAUGGGAAAAAGACUCUUCAAAGAAAUCUUUGAAAAUACGCGUAUUAAAUAAUUACUCUCAAAAAUUAUUGCGCAAAUAUUCGAUAAAAUAUAGAUACUAAGAAAAUAUGAAAAUUAUGUAAAGGAUUAAUCAUCUUCAUCUUAAAUUAUGUAAUAUGAAUUAAAUGCGAUAUAUGUACAUAUAAAUAAGGCUUAUAAUUUCGUUUGCAUAAUAAAGUUAAAAGCAAAA